UUACAUCUGCUUAGCUGUAUUUAGUAUAUUUAAAGACUAACUCUCAUGGUGCUGGUCCUGGCGAUUGCACCUCUCUCUGUGGAAUGAGUGGUUUCAUGCUGUGGUUUGAAUUCUCAUGAGACAGUCUCAGGGGUAUGUGCCUAUUUAUUGCUUCUGCUCUCAUCCAGUUGAGAGAAAGAACAGUCGACCACCAUGUUUGGAUCUCAUGUAUAAGAUGUUUAAAGAAGGGAUGACACAGAUUUUCUGAAGAAAGCAGAAGGGCUCUUCGCAGUAUGGCUUCGGAAAUCACUUAUGCUGAAGUGAGGUUCAAAAAUGAACCGAAGUCCUCAGGUACCAAUUCAGAUUCUCCUGCAGCUCCCAAAGAGAACACUACUCCUCUCAAAAGUAAUCCCGCUUUUCCUAAGCUGCUUCUUGGAUCAUUGCUGAUACUUUUCCUGCUGUUGGCAAUCUUAUUCUUUGUUGCUUUUGUCAUUAUCUUUAACAAAUAUUCUCAGCUACUUGAAGAAAAGAACUAUAAAGUUUCUAUGAAGACCUCGAUUCACACAAAUUUAAAGUGUGUAAGAAACAAUUCAACCAUGGAAGGAAAAGUCUGGAGCUGUUGCCCAGAGCAUUGGAAGUCAUUUAGUUCCAGUUGCUACUUUUUUUCUACUGAUGCAAACUCUUGGAAUGCAAGUCAGGAGAACUGCUCUAGAAUGGAGGCUCACCUGGUGGUGAUCAACAGCAAGGAAGAGCAGGAUUUCCUCACUCAAAAUAUGGAUAAAAAAUCUGCUUAUUUUAUGGGGCUAUCAGAUCCAGAGGGUCAAGGACACUGGCAAUGGGUUGAUCAGACCCCAUACAACCAAAGUGCCACAUUCUGGCAUACAGGUGAGCCAAGUCACAGUGGAGAGCGUUGUGUUAUAGUAAAUCAUCCUUCUCCAUCAUUACAAUGGGGCUGGAAUGAUAUAAAUUGUGACAUUCUUCAACGAUCAGUUUGUGAAAUGAUGAAGAUCUACUUAUGAAUCAACACUUUUCAUGGUCAUGUGUUUGGGUUUGCAUUCAUUAUUCUAGAGAUAGCUCAUACGUUCUUUAUGAAAGACAUUCCAUAGACUUUUAGGUAUGUGGUCAACUAUUCCACUUUUGAAGAAAUGUAAGUGUUGCAUAUGGAAUUUAUCAGUUUACUUUCUACAGAGCUCCUAAUACAAUAAUUGUGGGGGACUUUUACUUUAUGUACAAUGAGUUUACUGCAUAUUAUUUCUGUACCAUAAUGAUGGUACAGAAUUUUCAAAAGAUACAUUUACUCAAAAUGCCUUUGAUUGCCUCAGUAAGGAGAGUAAUUGAACAGGAGUGAAAUAUUUAAUCCUGCGUCUAGCCAGUGCUGGAAGUCUUCACUCUACCUUGUGUUGUAUGAGUGUGGUUGUGUGUCUUUUACUUAUUUUUCUCUAGAGCAUCUUUACAUCAAUGUGUGUGAACAGGUUUUAUGUGAGGUUGUGUUUCAAGAGUGAUAUAGAAUCAGAAACCAUCAUACUGAGCGCUAAUCACUGAAAAGGAUUGUAAGAAGUAAUACAGUAGUUAUGGUUUUAAGCCACUAGGUUUUGGGUAGAAUGUUCAGUACUGGGGAGAAUUCUUUUACUUUCAUGUGACUAUCAUUUUGUAGAAAUGAUAAUGUUGAAGCUGGCCGAUUUCUCUGAAGGUGGAGAUCUGCUGACAACUGACAACCCUCUAGAGCCCUUUGGAUGUAAAUUUUAUUCAGAUAAUUUUAAUUCUGAAACAUGGAUUAUGUUAAAGAUUAGAUAUGAGGUGUCUCCCAAAAGUUUAUGUGUGACAAUGAAAGAAAGUUUAGAGUUGACGUGAUGGGAUAUGAGAGCCUUUACCCAAUCAGUGCAUUAAUUUCCUGAUAGGGAUUAAAUAAAUGGUAAGUGUAGGCAUGUAGGGUGUGGCUGAACGAGGUGAGUCACUGAGAGUGUGCCUUUGAGGUAGGUAUUUUGUUGUGGUGGGAGGAUUCUGUUUUUUUUUUCCUCUGUCUCUGCUUCCUGGUGGGUAUGUCCUGAGCCAUUUUCCUCUUCUACUACUUUAUGCUUUGAUGGUCUCUUUCACUUCAGACCCAGAGCUAUGGGAACUGGCCAUCUAUGGACUGAGACCUUUGAAAGCAUGAGCCCCAGAUGAACUUUUCCUCCUCUAAAAUUGUUUUUUGUCAGGUAUUUUGGUCACAGUAGCAAAAAAGCUGACUAAAGCAGAUUAGUUCUUUCUUUGUCUAAAUGUUGGACAUCAUCAGUAGUGCACAGUUGCAGAGGAUGAGCUUAAUGAUUCAAGUACAGAAGAAAUCACGAGGUAGAGUUCAGCUGUAUUAAAACAAUUUUUCAGUGUAAAGGUUUGAUGAAAUAUUGUGUAACAAAACUUUGGAUAAAGUGCUUUGGAGAAUUUAGAAAUGUUGUAAAUGGAAUUUUUAAAAUAAGGAACCAGCUUUAAGGAUUGUGGUUCAUGUUUGCUGUCUAUGCAUCCCUUCUUCCUCAAAAACAAUAUUUCAAUAUUGUUUAAAGUCACACUUUCCUUCUUGAAGCUUAUGUGACUUGGGAUGCUGUGAGUGAGUAUGGAUUAAUCCAAGUCAACAAUCAUACUAGUGGUUGGUUUAGGAAUAGCAUGAAUUGUUAGUUCUGCUAAGAAAUUGCUUCUUCCUCUUCUCAGAGGAAUCAGGGAGUGAAUCUCCCUCUCCUAAUGAACAUGAAGAAUCCUGUUCACAACUGACAGUCAUACUGUAACCACGAGGGGAAGUAGCCUUCAAAUGAUAGAAACACCAUGGAUGGCAGAGUAGAGCCAUGGGAAGAACCUGGUUAUUUAAAUUCUUUGUGAGUCACUGAUUCUACUAUUUUUACAGCAUAGCCUACUGUGAAUUUUUAUUGUGAAGACUAAUAAAUUUCUAAUUAUUUGUUAGAUUGAGUCCUGAUGGAUUUAAGAAAAUAUAUUACUUUUAGUGACUAGAUUUUAUUGAGCUAUCAUUUACAUAAGUAAAAGGCACACACUUUCAGAGUAUAGUUCCAUGAUUUUGUCAGGUGUAUGCAAACCUGUAACCACCAUGAUUAUCUACAAUAAAGAUUUCUAGCACUGCCCAAUGUUCCCUGUCCUGACCAAAUGAAUGCAGUGUUCUGAUUCCAGCUUUUCAAAUUCCAUAUAAAACAGAUAACAAAGUUUGCUUUUUCUUUUUACUUUCUUUAUCUCAAUAUGUUUGUAAGAUUCUCCUAAGUUUUUUGUAUUUUUUCAUUGGUAGAUUCAAUUUUUUAUGGAAUUGUGUUUCACUGUAGAAUGAUCUAUAACAUGAUCUGUUUAUCUGAUUUGCUAUUUCUAUAUCUUAUCUAUUCUGAAUAAAGCUUAUUCUUUCACAUGC